UUCUCUUCUUUUUCUUCUUCUCCUCCUUCUUCUUCUUCUUCUUAUAGAUUGUUGGAGACUCGCAAUAUAAUAAAGUCUUAAACCUUUAAUUUUCCGUUAUUCGAAAGACGUUAGAUUAGCCGUUAGCGUUGUAGUUAAGCAGUUAAGCUUAAUCACGCACAUGCACUGGAAAUUUAGUUGAUAACGGAGGAGAUGCGAAUGAUCGUUGCCAAACGAUGAAGAAGGUGAGGAAUAAGAUCGGAAAGUAUGAGGUUGGUAGAACCAUCGGCGGAGGUACAUUCGCCAAGGUCAAAUUCGCCAAGAACACCGACACCGGAGACAGCGUUGCCAUUAAGGUCAUGGCUAAGUCCACCAUUCUCAAGCAUAGAAUGGUUGAACAGAUUAAAAGAGAGAUAUCCAUUAUGAAGAUUGUCAGACAUCCAAAUAUAGUUAGGUUGCAUGAGGUUUUGGCCAGCAAGACCAAGAUCUACAUAAUUCUUGAGUUCGUAAUGGGAGGGGAAUUAUAUGAUAAAAUUGCUCAGCAGGGAAAGCUUUCUGAAAAUGAUUCUAGGCGCUACUUUCAACAACUUAUAGAUGCUGUUGCUCAUUGUCACAAGAAGGGUGUGUACCACAGAGACUUGAAGCCUGAAAACCUUCUUCUUGAUGCAUUCGGAAACUUGAAAGUAUCUGACUUCGGAUUGAGUGCAUUGACAAAGCAGGGUGUUGAUGUUCUCCACACGACGUGUGGGACCCCAAAUUAUGUUGCACCUGAGGUGCUAGGCAAUCAAGGUUAUGAUGGUGCAGCAGCUGAUGUUUGGUCAUGUGGAGUCAUUCUGUAUGUUUUGAUGGCUGGAUAUCUUCCUUUUGAGGAGGCUGACCUUCCUGCACUGUACAACAGGAUCAAUGCUGCAGAGUUUGUUUGUCCAUUUUGGUUUUCUGCUGGGGCAAAGACAUUGAUACAGAAAAUUCUGGAUCCUAAUCCUAAAACACGGAUGAAAAUUGAAGAAAUAAGGAAAGAUCCAUGGUUCAGGAGAAACUAUGUUCCGGUCAGACUUAGUGAAGAUGUGGAAGUCAAUUUGGAUGAUGUUCAGGCAGUUUUUGACGAUAUUGAGGACAAAUAUGUUUCUGAGAAGUCAGAAAGUACUGAGGGAGGUCCUUUGAUAAUGAAUGCAUUUGAGAUGAUUACCUUAUCUCAAGGGUUGAAUCUUUCACCGCUAUUUGACAGGCGUCAGGAUUAUGUGAAGCGGCAAACCCGUUUUGUUUCACGUAAACCAGCAAGGGUUAUAAUUUCAUAUAUUGAAGCUGCUGCAGAGUCAAUGGGUCUUAAGGUCCAUUCUCGUAACUAUAAGAUGAGGCUUGAAGGAGUUGCUGCAAAUAAUGUUGCUCAAUUUGCAGUGGUUUUGGAGGUGUUUGAGGUUGCACCAUCACUUUUCAUGGUAGAUGUUCAAAAGGCAGCUGGUGAUACUCUCGAAUAUCACAAGUUUUACAAGAAUCUCUGUGGAAAAUUAGAAAGCAUUAUCUGGAGACCGAUGGAGCCAGCCCCAGAUUCUGGUAUGCUUCGACAAAUGACUGUAUGAUCCAGUUCUUGGGAAUAUGAUGGUAAUGAUAAAUUAGAAGAAAAAAAACACCGAAAGCUGCGGAUUGUGCUCCAUUAAUCUACCGAGAAAUGGCAUGUUCAUGGCCAUCAUAAGGCAAUGUACAGUUUGUAUGAUAUGUGUUGAGAGAGAAAGGGUGUCACUGUCAAAUAGAAGUGGAGAGCCCCUGCAUCAGAGUUUAUGGUUUUUGUUUGAUAUAAAUAGAAGCCUGUACUGAAGCUACCCCCACACAAUCAGGUUCUGGGAGAAUUGAUCUUAUAUAUAUUUACUAUAGAAAUAAUGAAACCCCCCUGUUGUUUUGCGUCCGUCCAGAGGUCUAUCUUUAAGAUGAACGAGAAGAUUCCAGAGAUUGACAUGAACAACAGAGAAUAUCAAAUGUCGAACUUCUGGAUUCUGGUGAUAUUCAAUUUGUUCUUCAAAAUUUUUUUUUUCA